UACACAUUCAAUUAUUUACAACUCAUGCACACCUAUCGAGGAAUUGGUUUCACCCACCCUUGGACGCUUUCUCAGGAACUGAGAGCACGCCAUUGGACAAAAUAUUGACAUAAUUAUGUGUAUUUCUAGCUACAUGAAAUAUUAGGAUUUCCUAUUACCUUUAAAUAUUGAAAGUUAGCAUUUACCCCAACAUCAUAGAACCACGCGAGACUGUGCAUAGGUUACUGGUUUAUCAUCACCAUUUGUUUCGGCUGAUCCAAGCACUAACGUUAGCCACAACUGCCUGGAUAAAAUAAGGCACUAGACACCCGACACAUCCAUCACUUUCUCUGCGGGCUCUAAACGCACUGUGGCUAGGCUGAAUUCUAAGGAGGAGUCCCACUCCCCGGUCCCCCCCUCUACCUCUACCUCCCCCCUCUGCUGUCCCCUCUUCUCUACCUUCAUGACCAGACUGAGGGAAGAGGAGAGGCUGUUGCUCAGAUGAUCCCGCUCUGGGCUGCCGUAACCAAAUUUGUCCAGACAGGGAAGACAUAAGUAGUGUCUCUGGAGGGCCCUGCCCGGUGUCCCCUCGGCCGCUAGCCUGGCAGAGUGCUCCGUUCCCCCCUUUGAUCCCCCGGCCCAUGAGAUGCCCUCUCCCCCUGACGAUGGAGAGGAUCAAGGACCAUCCCUCAUGAACGGUCCAUCUGCGGGCUCCCACCAGAUCAGUGGGAGAAGGAAGGUCCGCACCAAGAAGAAGAAGGGGACCAUUACGGCCAACGUGGCUGGCACCAAAUAUGAAAUCGUUCGGAUAGCGAUCAAUGAAAUGGCCUUCCUGAAAACCCGAGAUGAGGACGAGACAGCCAACCUCAUCUGGAGCGACUCGGCUGUGCAGCACGAGAAAAUCGCUGAUCUCAGGAACUACCAGAGAAUUAACCAUUUCCCUGGGAUGGGGGAGAUUUGCCGGAAAGACUGUUUGGCAAGGAAUAUGUCCAAAAUGAUCAAGAGCCAGCCUCAGGAGUACAGCUUUAUUCCCAAAACGUGGAUCUUCCCCGCCGAGUACACCCAGUUUCAGAACUACGUGAAGGAGCUGCGGCGGAAACGCAAGCAGAAGACGUUUAUCGUCAAGCCUGCCAACGGAGCCAUGGGUCACGGGAUCUCCUUGAUACGAAACUGUGAGAAGCUCCCGGCUCAAGCUCAAGACCACUUCAUAGUGCAGGAGUACCUAGACAAACCGUUCUUAAUGGAGGGCUACAAGUUUGACCUCAGGAUCUACAUCCUUGUAACGUCCUGUGACCCUCUACGCAUCUUCCUCUACAAUGACGGCCUCGUCAGGAUGGGCACAGAGAAAUACCACACGCCCAACGAGGCCAACCUGAGCCAGCUGUACAUGCAUCUAACAAACUACUCCGUCAACAAACACAACGAGAACUUCGAGAGGGACGAGACGGCAGACAAAGGCAGCAAGAGGUCCAUUGGCUGGUUCACUGAGUUCCUGCGCAUGAAUGAUUACGACGUGGCCAAGUUCUGGGGCGAUGUUUCCGAGCUGGUGGUGAAGACUCUGAUAGUGGCUGAGCCCCACGUCCUCCAUGCCUAUCGCAUGUGUCGCCCGGGACAGCCACCAGGGAGCGACAGUGUCUGCUUUGAGGUGCUGGGCUUUGACAUCAUCCUGGACCGCAAGCUCAAACCCUGGCUUCUGGAGAUCAAUCGAGCGCCAAGCUUCGGGACCGAUCAGAAGAUUGAUUACGACGUGAAGAAAGGGGUCUUGCUCAACGCACUGAAACUUCUCAACAUCAGAGCGAGCGACAAGAAGCGUAACCUGGCCCAGCAGAAGGCGGAGGCCCAGAGACGGCUCUACGGCCAGGGCUCCAUGAAGAAGCUCUCGGCCGCCUCCUCCGAGGCAGAAAAACAGCGCCACACGCUGGAGCGGAGGAAAGAAGAACUGAAAGAGCAAUUGACUCAGGUCCGCAAGCAGAUCUCCCGGGAGGAGCAUGAAAAGAGACAUCUGGGGAACUACAGACGUAUUUACCCCCCAGAUGACAAGCUCCUCCUGGAGAAGUAUGAAAGCCUUCUCUCAGCUGCCUUUCAGACCUUCCUCGCCGGCCGAGCGGCCUCACUUCAAAAGGAAAUGAAUAAUCCUCUGAAACGAAUGAAGGAGGAGGACAUCUUGGACCUGCUGGAGCAGUGUGAGCUGGACGACGAGAAGCUGCUGGGGAAAUCGUCACGGCAGAGAGGACCCAAGCCCCUGUCCUCCAUGCCUGAGAGCGCCCAGACGCCGUGCGGCAGGAGACAAAGAGAGUACGGAGGCGACGGAGGAGACGCCAGUGGCAGCAGCGUCAACAACAGCAGCUCCGAGGAGGGCCCUGAAGAGGAGGAUGACAGGGAGGAUGAGAGGGAAGGAGGGAAGACAAGGGAGAAAAAGAGUGUCUCUUACGACCUGGGAGAGAACAAGUAUAAGUCGUCGUCGGAGCGCUCAGGACGAGUUCACUGGAAACCUCUGAUGAAGCCGGUCAAGGCCGGCCUCUCUGCCUCCUCCUCCCCGACCCUCUCUGGGCCAAUCAGACGCUCCAUCUCCUGCCCGCGUUCUAUAUCCUCCCUGGCAGCCCAGUCACCCACCAAUGAGACACGAGCCUCGCUGGCCAGGCCCUCCGUUCCUGCAGCGACGGCCCUCGUUAGGCCAAGCUCCGCUUCUCUGCGCUCUCAUUCGCUCAGCCGCAGCGGCUCCACCCACAGGGUGCCGCACAGUAGUAGUCUAGGUACCAUCCACGCUAACAUGGGUGAUCCCGUGCUGAUCCUGAGGAGUAAAGACCAGGAGACAGAGCUGACAAGACAGAGCCUGGCCGCUCUCAGCGCCAUGAGGAUCCGCUUCCCGGGGAAGACUGAGGAGGAGGCCGAGGCCGUUCUAGAUGAGAUACUAGACAACUGGAAGUACCACAAACCCAAAGUGGCCUCUUACUGGCUGGUAAAGUUGGAUUCCACCAAACAAAGGAAGGUUCUGGACAUCGUCCGUACCAACGUACGCUCGGUGCUGCAGCGGCUUUGGAGGGAGCCCGACGUGGACAGUUUACAUUUGUAUCGCCUUUUCAACCGCGUCUUUAACCGACUGCUCUGGAGCCACGGACAGGGCCUGUGGAACUUGUUCUCCAACACUGGCUCGUCGUGGGAGACCAUCUUCAGUAAGAGCAGCGAGGUGGUGUCGCAGCAGGAGCUCCAGUGUUGCCAGAGGCUUGUGCAGCUGUGCAGGGACUGCCUCCUCGUUGUCUACAAAUUUGUCUCCGAGUCCCGGGGCUCGCUCACCGGCCUCAGCCCCGAAUGGGACGACACUAGGUAUCUGCUGCCAGUGACCUCCCAGUUCAUCAUGAAGUGGCCUUCAUCCAGCUUCGGCCAUGUCUCCUCGGCCAUGCCGCGCUCACGCAGUCUGUUCACCACCCGGAUGGGUCAGUUCUGACUGACCGCCCAGGCCCACCCUCAUGAGCUGUAACCCCCAGCCAAUCCCUCCUCCCCUCCACUAACCAGUUGAGAGGGCUGAACUGGUGGACCUUGGACCCCUCAGCGGCCCCACAAAGGCCAGAGCAUAUGGGUGAGAUUAGUGACACCCUUGCUCUGCCCAGAACACUCCAAUGUUCCAACAGGACUCUUGAUCUGAGCUCCACUUAGUGUCAGACAAUGGGUCAUUCUCAUGUGCCCCGACCCAGUCUUUCUCUGUCUCUCUCGAUCUCGCUUUAUCUCUCUUUCUUUCUCUCUCUCUCUCUCUCUCUCUCUCUCUCAUUGUACCUGACAUUGCUGUAGUAUAUCCGCUCACUGUACAGUUACAAGUCAAAGUACUGUAAAGGAAACAGAACAAGGUUUCUUACAUUUAUUUUGUCAAAUGUUCCAUGAAUGCAGUGAAUGCUGACGCAGUGUGCAGAUGGAAUGAGAUUAACAGGUUAUCCCUUUGUUGAGAAAAAAAAUAAGCUUUUUUUUGCUGGCUAUGAAAAUUGCUAAAUGUAUUUUGGUGCUGUUUGUAUUUAAUUUAUUUUUUUAACUUAUUUCAAUGUGAUGCUUUAGUUUACAUUGUUUUAACAGUCACUUUAUGCUCCUGUCAAUACAACCCAAAGUACAGUAGAGCGAGGAAAGAUUCAUUUAUUUUAAACAAUUGGGUCAAUUGCAACCAACAGGUAGAACGUGCAGCUGCAGGUUAGCGCUUGAUUUCUUAAAACGCAACUACACUAUUCUGCACUCUACUGAGAUAUACUCUACUCAAGUACAGUAAAGUAUAAUACAGUACAUUAUAGACGUUUAUGUUUGGGCCACAUUAGAAUAUAAUUUGUAAUUUGACAUACCUUGAUUAGACUCUAAUUUAAUAAAAAUAUAGGUUUGUAUUAACAAAAUCGUGAUUGUUUUGAGUUGAUUUUAGUUCAGGAAUAGUUUAUUUUCCCCUUUUGAUAAGAAAUUACCAUACUGUAUUAAGGCAAGUUAUUAAUGGAUUAAAUAUUGGAAAUGAAAAGUAAGUAUACCAACACAAGCUUCACAUUAAUAAAAUGUAUAGCGUAAAUUGGCACAGUAGAUUAUCGCUUGUAAACGAGGAAUUACCUUAUUGCAGUUGUACGGAAUGAUUGUCAUAUAUUUAAAUCUGUGCUUAAUCCCCUCAAAUAUUAGGUUUAAUUUAUACCGAAGAUAAUACCCAGAGGGCUAAAUAGUCUUGAAAAUGUUUUGCAGCAACCGGGACUGAAAGUUAACAUCGACAUCAGCUUUAGGGAGGGGUAAAAUGGCCGCCAAUAGUGGUUGCAAUUGAGAUCGGCAGUGUGGGUGAUUUUAGGGCAUAUUGAUGCUUUAAUGAGAGACCGUGCUCAAUGUUGGUUGCAGUUGACCCUUAAACGUUUAACUAUAGCUUAUAUUUUGGGUCUGUAUUGACAAGUGCAGCACAGUAUAGCCACAGAGUGUCUAGAAUGUUUAUUUCCAACUAGCGAGCCAAGCAUCCCUGCUACUUAGUGAAUGAGUUGACUUUGCAGCCUCACCGUAGGGAGCCAAAAUGGAUUCUCGGAUAUUGUCUUGUUGAAUAUGCACCUUGCAGUAUAUCACAAUGUGGCUGGGUCAUGUACAAGGUCAACUACAUUGUUGACGACAUUGCAGUCGUCUGCCAUUUCUCACAACGUCUGUAUAGGUGUUUAUAGAAAUCUGACGCCCGACUGGGAAGUCGUUGACAUGGCACGCAUGCUUGCUGCGUGCAGCAAGACUGCAAUAUAGGUGAUUUGGAACAUGACCAAGGACUUACUCCACAUACUACUUAUGAUGCUGUAAGCAGUAGUUCUUGCAUGCAUAGAUUAUAGUUCUACACCCAGACGUUGUCCAUAGACAGAACAACUGCAUUAUGGGAAAUACUUGAAUUUUUGUGUUGUUAAAUCUUUUGGUCUGCGCUCGCAUUAAAUACACAAAUUUAGAUUUUUGGGUAUCUUUCAUUCAAGGGUUUUUCUUUAUUUGUACUAUUUUAUACAUUGUAGAAUAAUGAUGAAGACAUCAAAACUAUGAAAUAACACAUAUGGAAUCAAAGAAAAAAGGGUUAAACAAAUCAAAUUAUAUUUAAUAUUUGAGAUUCUUCAAAGUAGCCACCCUUUGCAUUGAUGACAGCUUUGCACACUCUUGGCAUUCUCUCAACCAGCGUCACCUGGAAGGCUUUUCCAACAAUCUUAAAGGAGUUCCCACAUAUGCUGAGCACUUGUUUUCUGCUUCGCUUCACUCUGCAGUCCAACUCAUCCCAAACCUUUUCAGCUGGGUUGAGGGCGGGUGAUUGUGGAGGCCAGGUCAUCUGAUGCAGCACUCCAUCACUCUCCUUCUUGGUCAAAUAGCCAUUAAACAGCCUUGAGGUGUGUUGGGUCAUUGUCCUGUUGAAAAACUAAUUAUAGUCCCUAAACGCAAACCAGAUGGGAUCACUGACAGUGUCACCAACAAAGCACCCCCACAGCAUCACACCUCGUCCUCCAAGCUUCACGGUGGGAACCACACAUGUAGAGAUCAUCCAUUCAUCUACUCUGCGUCUCACAAAUCAUCAGACCAAAGGACAGAUUUCCACCGGUCUAAUAUCCAUUGCUCAUGUUUCUUGGCCCAAGCAAGUCUCCUCUUCUUAUUGGUGUCUUUUAGUAGUGGUUUCUUUGCAACAAUUCGACCAUGAAGGCCUGAUUCAUGUAGUCUCCUCUGAACAGUUGAUGUUGAGAUGUGUCUGUUACUUGUACUCUGUGAAGCAUUUAUUUGGGCUGCAAUUUCUGAGGCUGGUAACUCUAAUGAAAUGAUCCUCUGCAGCAGAGGUAAUUCUGGGUCAUGCGUUCCUGUGCUGGUCCUCGUGAGAGCCAGUUUCAUCAUAGCGCUUGAUGGUUUUUGCGACUGCACUUGAAGAAACUUUAAAAGUUCUUGAAAUUUUCCGAAUUGACUGACAUUCAUGUCUUAAGGUAAAUGAUGAACUGUCAUUUUUCUUAGUUUAUUUGAGCUGGUCUUGCAACAAUAUGGAAUUGGUCUUUUACCAAACAGGGCUAUCCUCUGUAUACCACCCCGACCUUGUCACAAAACAACUGAUUGGUUCAAACGCAUUAAGAAGGAAAUAAAUUCCACAAUUGAAUUUUUAACAAGACACCUGUUAAUUGAAAUGCAUUCCAGGAGACUACCUCAUGAAGCUGGUUGAGAGAAUGCCAAGUGUGUGCAAAGCUGUCAUCAAGGCAAAGGGUGGCUACUUUGAAGAAUCUCAAAUAUGACGUUCAUCACUUUUUAGUUUACUACAUGAUUCCAUAUGUGUUUUUUCAUAGUUUUGAUGUCUUCACUAUUAUUCUACAAUGUAGAAAAUAGUACAAAUAAAGAAAAACCCUUGACUGAGUAGGCUUUUGACUGGUACUGUAUGUGUUGUAUCACAUAUGGAUUGUAUGACAUGAUUUAGUGUGUGACAUUUAUGAGUGGGGGGGCAAAAGUGGUUGCGAUAACGUAAUUAUGUCAUUGGCACCUCUGAUGUCAUACUUGUUGUCAGAGAUUGGAACUAAAAUUAUUUUCCAAUCGUUCCGAGCAGAGCCCUUAUUUUUAUGUUCUAUUCCGGUGGUCCCACCAGAAAAUAAAGUUCUGAACCGAUUCGAACACAAAAAAGUAAUGGUUCUAUAGUUCAUAUAUAAAUGGAACAUGGGAAAUCAACUUUGUUUUUACAUUCAGCUCAUUAUUUUACUCCUCCAAUUAGCGCUGAUAGUGUAGCUUGCUCUGGAAAGGGUAAAAUACUUUUGACUGGUCAGAUAAAUGCAGGCGCGAGAUGUGACUGAAUUUUUACGGCUGGGGAGAGAGCAAGAGAAGAGGGGUGGACAUGGAGACGGCUUGGCUUGAAGCGCUGAACAUCAUAACGUGAAUUGGAAUAUGUUUAGGCUAUUAGUAGCAUUAUAACAUCACCAAAUUACAGAAUUAUAGACUAGACUUUAGGAAUAUUUGUUGAAGUAAAAAUAACAUUAUUAAAUGUUUUUCAAGAUGUAUAGAUAGCGGUUCUGUUCCGGAACACUGGAAAUCACUUUCGUUCCUGGUUCUGUUUCCGUUCCUCUGACAAUGUCGUUUGUUUUCGGUUCUGUUCCCUGAACCGGUUUGAACCCCUGUUGGUUGUAAUACGAAGUUUUGUAAAUGUCUUGUUAUGUAAAACAAAUCUUACUAGAUAACAACAAGAAUAUGAUUUAUUUUCCAUGACGUGAUAUCGUCAUGAGAAAGACAUCUUUCCCUGGUUGUAGACAUUCUCAAUCUACAACUAGAAAAUGACAUCAUUAUGAUGUCACAUGUCCAUUUUUGAGUCUCUUUGGCGAUUCUCUGUAAGUCGUACUGUUACUGCAGUGCUUUGCCUCGUCCGAGAAGCUGCCAUUUUGUGUUUUAGCAGCUGUGUCCUAUUUCCCACUCCCGCAGGUACAAGUGCCAGUGCAAACAGUGAGGUGCCAAUACACCGCAUAUCCAUUCACUAAUGUGUUCCAUUGGUCUUUAAUUAAGGUUAAUUAAAGUUAAUAUGUGAUCAAUUACAGUAGAAACCCUCAUUAGGAACUAUUUAAAUGUUAAUAGGGAGAAAUGCAGUAUUACGUGUCUAGGCUAGAUUGUGUUACUUUUCUCACAUAAUUUAUGGGUUCGAUUUUCAACGGUAAUAGGAAGCAGUCAGACUUCAUGAUAAAGUAUACUGUACGUUUUACAACAACUCUCUUACUAAUAGGUGUGGCGGGAAUUCUGUGCUAAAAAUGUAUUUUCCCCUUACACUUUGCUGAAUAUUAAUUCACAAUGCCAAAUAUUUUAUUUUGCCUGAACUUUGUGUUAUUUAAGAGAAAUACCUUUUCAGUUGAGGUAUGGAUUUUUAAGUUUACAUAGCAAUAAAAUGCUUAAAACAAAA